AUGGCCGCUGUAGAUACCGAGGAAUACGCCGCGCGAAAAUUCGAAGUGUCCGAAACCAAUCCGAGACCGCUGGCGCGCGUUUGUGAGACGUUAUUCAAACAUACUGUCGGACGGCCGAAAUCCGAGAGUCUAAACACCGCGGUCGCUGGAAGUCGAAACGUCGGUUAUCGAGAAGCUAGUAAACGUGACGGUUUUAACCGGAACUAA